UUGAGAUACCAAUCACAAUGGGUUAAAGCACUGAGUCCCAGAAAGAAAACUAAAGAUUUUUUCAGCCUUGCCGGGUCAUCAUGUCAAGGGCUUCCAAAGGAGACAAACUUUUGAGUGACCUGGGUUACAAGCUGGGCCAAACCUUAGGAGAAGGAAGCUAUUCCAAGGUGAGAGUGGCCACCUCGGCCAAAUACAAGGGACCACUAGCAAUCAAAAUGGUGGACCGACGUCGAGCACCCCGGGAUUUUGUGGAAAAGUUUCUACCCCGGGAACUCUCCAUUUUGCGAGGGAUUCGGCACCCACACAUUGUAAGAGUGUAUGAAUUCAUUGAAGUUUGCAAUGGGACUCUCUACAUCGUGAUGGAAGCGGCAUCCACAGACUUGCUACAAAUGGUACAACAAGCCGGGAAGUUACCCUGUGCUCCCGAAGCACGAGACAUCUUUGCCCAAGUUGUGGGUGCUGUGCGUUAUCUUCAUGACAGGCAUUUGGUGCACCGGGACUUGAAGUGUGAGAAUGUGUUACUUACUUCAGAUGGCCAUCGAGCAAAAUUGACUGACUUUGGUUUUGGCAAGGAAUCGCGUGGAUACCCUGAACUGAGUACUACCUACUGUGGAUCAGCUGCAUACGCAUCCCCAGAAGUGCUGAUGGGCAUCCCCUAUGAUCCCAAAAAGUAUGAUAUAUGGAGCUUGGGUGUAAUGCUCUAUGUGAUGAUUACUGGCUGCAUGCCUUUCGAUGACACUCACAUUCACAACAUGCCUUGCCGCCAGAAGAAAGGAGUCAUGUUCCCUGAAGAUCUGCAUUGUCUAUCUGAGCCCUGCAAAGCUCUCGUUAGGCAGCUGCUCCAGUUCAAUCCGGAAUCUCGACCCGGUGUAGGACUCGUAUCCAAGAACAACUGGCUGAAAGGGGACGCUUAAAUUGGGUGUCCUUCCCUACCUUGCACUUGCAGGAUGCAGCCAGUUUAUCUACUACAGGCAGCUGUUUCAAGAGGGGAUCAUGGGGAGAGAAAAUUGGAACUACGUCACUGUGCAAAAAGAGAUUUCUGGGAUAUUGACUAGGGGAAGUAAGAGGGCAAAUUGCUUUAGAGGGGGAAAAAACAGUUCAAAUAUAAGUUCCUCUGAAAUUAAAAGGACUUACUUCCUAGCUAAUGUA